AUGGGGUCUGAGAGCGACGGCGAGGAUUACAUCUUUCUGGGCACGCCGAUUGAAGAUGAGGAGGGGCCGUCCAGGCGGUACAGGAAGCAAGCGCAGGACCCGAGGGCCACGCGGGGGCUACCGGUGUGGGAGCAGGAGGUCACGGACGCGGAGGGCAGGCGGCGGUUCCACGGCGCAUUCACGGGGGGCUUCAGCGCGGGGUACUACAACACCGUGGGGAGCAAGGAAGGCUUUGCCCCCACGUCGUUCAGGACAUCUCGCAGCAACAGAGCGGGACCCAGGGCCCAGAAAGUCGAAGAUUUUUUGGAUGAGGAUGAGAAGGAGGAACGGAAUAGGACAGCCCUGCGCGUUCAGGACACCUAUGACACAUUCGCCCAUGGAGCUCGAGAAGCUGCUUUGAAGCAGGCACAGCGAGAGGCCGAGGGCCGGCCCAGCUUGUUUUCGGGGCCCGUGAUUGAGGAAGUGAUCGCACCUGUGGCCGAGUCGAUAGGCAUCAAGCUGCUGCUGAAGAUGGGCUGGAGGCACGGCAAGGGCAUCGGAUGGGAGGACAAGGCCACAGGGGAUGGGGCCAAGGGGCUCAAGCGAUGGGGCCCUGAGGCAAGCCUGGGGGCCGCAAACAUCGCCCUCUACCUUCCCAAGCCAAAGGAUGAUGUCCACGGGCUUGGGUACGACCCCUUCAAGGGUGCAGAGGUCUUCAGAGCUGCAAGGGUUGCCAAGGAUUCGCAGCGGGCCCAGGGGACCGUCGCAGGGAAGAGGGCCAGGGGGACCGCAUUUGGCACAGGCGUGCUGGAGGGCAACGACCAGUUAGGCGAGAUGGAGGACUAUGUCAUUGAUGGCGGGGGCAGAGGGGCAGAGUAUGACUUCGAGAUCGGCUCGGACAAGUCUGAAGACGAUGAGCCACAACACCGCCACAAGAGGCACCAGAGGCCUUCCAAUUCGGUUCUGCCCCUCCUGCUGUCCUCCAGCCAGCAGGCCACCCCACAAUUGGUGCCAGGAUUCAAACGCGGUCGCCAGCUCGAGACCACCAAAACCUUCCCACCCCCACAGGUCCCCAGAGGCUACAAGCCAUUCCACAAGUUCCCUGAGGCCCCGCCCAGCCACCCCAUUGGGGCCCCCACCGUCCACAUUGGGCCCUGCACCGCCCCCGUUCCAAGCGAUCCGGGAAUCAAAAAGGCCAUAGAGACGCUGGCAGGGUAUGUUGCAAAGAGUGGGGCAGCCUUUGAGGAGAUCGCGAGGGAGCGCAACGGGGGGGACCCCAAGUUUCGGUUCCUGUUUGGGGGGGAGGGGGCGGAGUACUACAGGUGGAAGGUGGCGGAUAUAAAGGUUCGCAUCCAUGCUGCCUCAAACAUGGUCAACCCUGGUCAACGGUCCCGUCCGCUGACGGCUGACGACAGGGGUGCUAUACUCGGAGAAACCCAGCUGCAGUCAACAAAGCCCACCCCAGGGAUCGACCCUGACUCACGAGCAACUGAAUCGGAGGCCGUAGGUCAGUCGUUGGGGGUUGGCAGGGGUGCCAGGCCAGCGUUGCCUGGCAUCGCAGACGCCGAGAGGCAGAAGCUCCAGAACGUUCUGAAGAGCACCUUUGUCACGGCCGAAGACCCGGACCUGGUCCAGUCCUCACGCCUGAAGGGUGGCCUGCAGCAGCGCCCCACCCCCGCCGCCAAGCCAAUAGCCCCUACCACCUCCGAGCCACAAGCAGCCCAGCCCCCCACCCGCAUGUUUGAAGACUGGCGGCCAGCUCCACUGCUGUGCAAGAGGUUUGAUGUGCCGGAUCCCUAUGCUGGCGUGAAAUGGCAUGGCGAUGCCGAGCGCUCACAGUUUCGGGCGAUGUUUGAUGGCCUGCAGGGCAUUGUGCCCAAGGAAACAGGGAAGAUGCAGUUUAUGGCAUCCGAGGGGGGGGCUGACCGGCGGGGCGGCAGCGAAGCUGCGGAUGUGGCUGGCGCUUCUGCCCGUACAUUUGCCAGUACUGGUGACAGUACUGUGGCCGGUACUGCUGGUACUGUGGGUGUUGAGGAUAGUGGCGGCGCCUCAGACCCCAAGGCAUCUGCCGCUCGCUUCCUCGAGUCGCUGGAGAAGAAGAUGAACAUCGACCCGGCGGAGCGGGCGCCGGGGGAGGGGGUCGGGGCAGGUGAUGGUCAGGAGGUACCUGCCACGCAGCUGAUUGAGCGCCCGGUGGAUCUGUUCAAAGCCAUCUUUGAAGAUGAAUCAGAGAGCGAAGAUGAUGAUGAUGAUGGUGGUGGUGAUGAUCAGAAGCAGGAGCGGGAAAGAGAGGCUGGAGGUGAGGGAGGAAUGGAGAAUGAUGGCGUGGGCAACGGGGACAGUCAGUCGAUGCAUCAGGGCGUUGAUGCUGAGGAGCAGAGGCCAUGGCGCCAUGCGGAGGGCCGCAGAGGCGGGAUUGCCGGGGAGCAUUCGGACGUAGUCCAUGGCGGGAGCGAGAGGGGGUUGGCGGAUGCUGGUGUGGGCCUUGGGGCCCGUCGGAGGCCAUCCAGGUGGGAAGGAGCGACCCAAGCGGAGUCUCGAUUUGAUGAUCCAGUCGAUCGGCCUUUCAGGGAUGUUAAUGACGAGUCAGGGCCCCGUGGCACCGAACGUGGCCAUUCUGGUGACCAGGGCGAUCGGCAUCCGUGGCCCUCGGCUGCCAAUGAUGGGGGGAGAAACGGUUCAAGGGCUGUGGGAGUCGAUUUGUUGCCAUCCAGGGAUGGGUCCAUUUCUGGCGUGCGCUUCGUCGAUGCCAAAGACGCAGCUGGGCCUGGGGCUGGGUCUGGUCACAAGCGGCAUCGGGAGCAGGGCCGGGAAAGGUCAGAUCUGGAUGAGUCAUCGCUGGAUGGUGGUUCUGGCCACAAGCGGCAUCGCGCCCAGGGCCGAUUAAAAACAGACCAGAAUGAGUCAUCCCUGAGAGGGGGCUCACAUGGAGAUAGGAGGCCGUCCAAGAAGUCAGGUGGGUCAGGAGGGGGCAGAGCUGGCCCGUGGGACAGUUCGCUAGGCGGCAGGGAUUGGGUUAGGCAACCCACGCAUGCCGAUGAGAGGCCUUUGAAGAGGCGGGUGAGUGGGUCAAGAUCGCCAAGCCGUGGGAGCGAGUAUUCGGAUCCACAAAGCGGCGGAUCAGGCCCGGGGGGCGAUGUGAGUGCAGAGGGGCGGGGAGAUGGGCAUGUGGGGAGGGGGUUGUCGUGCACGGAGCUGAGCCGCCUGCUGAGGGUGCUCAAGAAGGACAAGUCGAAAGCGUCCGAGGGGCGGGCCAAGGGAUCCAGGAAGGAGAGGCGGAAGGGGCGGAAGGAGAAGAAGGGGAAGGGCAAGAAGAAAAAGAAGCACAAAGCGGGGAGGCGGGGCCCAGAUAGGCGCUCGUCCACGGAUUCCGAGAGCGAGGGGUAG